AUGGUUCCCCCUACAUCAGAAGGCAGUUUGUACGAGUUCCAGAAGUUGCCGUACAAUCCUGCAACUCCCAUAGGGAGAAAAUCGAUUUUGGAAUCAGCGUGGACCACCGUUAAGCGAUUGUUUUAUUUUGGACAGUUCUUCCUCAAGAGCAUCCCGGUCUGGAUCGGACUUAUUUGGAAAUGGGUAAAUCCACCUCCUCCGAAGAGUAUCGCUGGAUGGAACGCACUGGUGACUGGAGGAUCAAACGGGAUUGGACGAGCGGUCAGUUUGGAACUAGCCAAGGUCGGAUGCAAUGUGAUCAUAGCCGACAUAGAUGUUGGAAAUGGUGAAAAGGUUAUCCAGGAACUGCUCAAGCAUCGCGUCAAGGCAGGAUUCUAUAAGGUUGACGUUAUCACUACCAGUGUGCUUCCGAUUCUGAUCAACACCAGGAAAGAGUCGAUUGAACACUUUCUGUCGCUACCGUAA